AUGCCUUCUCUUUCGUGUACAAGCAGGCAAUGUACGGCCCCGCUGGUGCGCCUCCGUGACACUGCGCUUGCGCCCACUGCUGCCCAUCACUUCCAUCCCGCCGUUUGCGUCUCGAAACGACCCCGGAGCCAACUGCUUCCGUUUAGCUCCUCGUCUGCCGCCGCCGCCUUGUCGAGGAGGACACCUCGCCUUGAACUCCUACUGCAACGUCAAUGCUUGGGGACACAUCUUACAACAACAACAACAACAACAACACAUAAUCGCUGUUACGACACCUACUCAAACAGUCGCUCCUUCGAAGAUCGCUUACGACGCUCCUUGAUCCCUGUCUCCUCUUCCAGCAACCCCCCUUAUCCCUCUCUUCUCUCCCAACUCCUACGACCACAAAGGAGGACAGUAACUACAACACGGACAGCAGUCAUGACCACGCCCACCCAGUCUCGAGGCCACGCCGGCCACUCCCACGGCUUCGGUCACCACCACCAUCACGGCGACAAUGCCUACCUAACCUCCCGAAACAAAGCCGACGCCGGUGUGCGCAUCACCCGGAUCGGCCUCUACUCCAACCUGGGCAUGGCCAUCGCAAAGGGCUUCGGCGGCUACGCCUUCAACUCGCAAUCCAUGAUCGCCGACGCCUGGCACAGCUUGACCGAUCUGGCCUCGGACAUCCUGACCCUCGCGACCGUCUCGUGGAGCUUGCGCCCGCCAACCGACAACUUCCCCAUCGGCUUCGGCAAGGUCGAGAGCUUGGGGUCCCUGGGCGUGUCGAGCAUGCUCCUGUUUGGCGGUUUCUUCAUGUGCAUGAACAGCUGCACCACGCUCUAUGCGCACUUCUUCCUCGAUCCGGCGGCCGCGGCGCAACUCCUGGAACAUGGCCACGGUCACAGCCAUGGACACCAUCACCACGGUGUGAGUGCCGACGGUCCUAGUUUGCAUGCUGCCUGGCUGGCAGCCGGUACGGUGGCCGUCAAGGAGUGGCUUUACCAUGCUACAAUGAAAGUAGCCCGCGAGCGUAAAUCCUCCGUCCUAGCCUCCAACGCCGUCCACCACCGCGUCGACUCUCUCACAGGAAUCGUCACCCUCUUCGCCAUCCUCGGCGCCAACUUUCUGCACAACGCCUCGUGGCUCGACCCCGUCGGCGGUCUGCUCAUUUCCCUCCUGGUAAUCAAAGCCGGCUACUCCAACACCGUUUCCGCGCUGUACGAGCUCGCCGACCGCUCCAUCGACGACGAAGUCAAGCACUCGGUGGGCAAACAAUGCCGCAAAGCCUUAGAGGGCGUUUCGGAAGGUCACGAGGUUGAGGUGGUAGAAAUCGUGGGCGUCAAGUCAGGACAGAAUUACCUGCUGGAUAUCGAGCUGGCGGUGCCCAACAUGUGGACGGUGGAGGACGUCAGGGAGGUGGAGGACGCGGUGAGGACGCAGGUGGGCGCCAAGGUCAGGGGCGCGAGGAAGGUCAGGAUACGGUUCGUGCCCAAGGAUGAGGGGGCGGCCAAGAUUAAGAAGUUUGAUGAGUUUAUCCCUGGGGAUGUUAGCCCCAAGACUAGUCCUGAGCCGGAGGAGGAGGAGGUUAUUGUUGGUGAAGGUGAGGGAAAGGAGGGGCAUGAUCAUGGUCAUGAUCAUGAGCAUAAGGAGCAUAAGCAUUAA